CACACUCUCUGCUUGGCCAGUGCGCCUACUGGUGAUAAAUCCACGCCCAAGCUAAGAGGGACGGCAAACGGUUAACGUAACCAAGCUUACAUGCCCAACCAAAGGCGCCCUCAGACUUUAAUACCUCCUGAAAGACUCGCCAGCUAGCGACAAGCGCCCCGCAACGGAAUCACAUUCUUGGCGGCUAGCCGGCCAACAGUUGGAUUAUCUACCGCUGGAUUAUCUACCGCUGAAGUAUUCUGAGCGCAUCAAAGCGACGAAAGCUGUUCUUUCACUCGACGAUGGCAGCAGCGCCAAACAACGACCAGGUCCUGAGCCAGGCCUCGUUCUGGGACGAGCGGUACUCCGAAUCCGACGGGUCGGCGCCGACGCACGAAUGGUACCUGACCUUUCCGGCGCUCGAGGCCUUUUUCGGCGCCCACCUGUUCGGCGUGCCGGGGCUCGGGCCGCCCGACGACCUGCUGAUUCUGCACCUGGGGUCCGGCGACAGUACCGUCCCGGCCGAGCUGGCGGCGCGCGGGUACCGGCGACAGCUGUGUGUCGACUUCUCGUCGGCCGUCGUCGAGCUCAUAACGCGCACGCACGCCGCCACGCCCGGCAUCGAGUGGCGCCUGAUGGACGGCACCCUCGACGCCAUGAUUCACGGCAGCCUGUGGAGUCCCCUGCAAGACGUGCGUGACAAUACGGCGGCUUACCUGCGUGAGGUCUACAGGGUGCUAAAGGACAGCGGCCGGUUUCUGUAUGUGACGUGCUGGCAGCCACGCUUCAUGGAGUCGCUGCUGAGCCCCGAGGGGUUGCAGUGGUACGUCGAGCCCCAGGUUCUCAGCGUCGCGGGGUCGCUUGAUAACUACGGCUACGUCAUCCGCAAGACGCCAGGCCGAGCGGCCAGGAAGGCAUGA